UACUGGGAUGGAAGAAUCAAUUCUCUUCAAAUCCGGCAGCGUUCGUUCUUCAUUGUGCAUCACUGGUGAUUUGCCUAAUACGGUGUAAAAGUUCCCUUGAUAGUUGUCAUGGAGGAAGAUGAUCAAAAAGUAGCUGUGAUGCGUAAGGCAUUCCAAAUGUUUGAUACAACGAAAAGUGGUUUCAUCGAGACUAUGAAAAUUUCAACGAUAUUAAAUACAAUGGGACAACUGUUUGAUGAUGGCGAAUUAAAUACUUUAAUUGAAGAGAAUGAUCCUGAAGGUUCUGGUAAAGUAAAUUUUGAUGGUUUUUGUAAGAUCGCCGGUCGGUUUCUUGAAGAGGAGGAUGCGGAAGCAAUGCAGGAGGAGCUGAAAGAAGCGUUUCGAUUGUACGAUCGUGAAGGUAAUGGAUACAUUACCACAGCUACAUUGAAAGAGAUUUUAGCGGCUCUCGAUGACAAACUUACUAGUUCCGAUCUUGAUGGAAUAAUCGCGGAGAUUGACACAGACGGUUCUGGUACAGUAGAUUUUGAUGAAUUUAUGGAGAUGAUGACUGGAGAAUGAUUGUACAUAACAAUGGAUUUAUAUCGCUCUAAGAAGAUCGCUAAGAAGAUGAUGAUAAACUUUCUUAAUAAAAUAUUUGUGCAAAAGAUU